ACAGUAGUAUAGUAGAGAGUAGAGUAACCGUAGCUUAGCAACGUUGCUUUCACAGUACUUCAAAUGGUUGAGAAGCAAUCUCAUACAAAGAGAGAGAGAGAGAGAGAGAGAGAGAUUGACCACCAUUGAUGCACUGCUUUUUAUACCACACUCUCAACAAAAUUCCCCAAACAUAUUCCUCAUUUUGCAUUCCCCAUUCUACAAUUUUCGUGAACUGGAUGCUUCGGUUCAACACUGUCACUCUUCUAAAUUAAGAGAAUUCGAGGUGUAUUCGGUUCAAUUGGAUCUUCUUUUUUUCUUCACUCAAUGGAGCAAGUUACAGGAGGAUUUCGUGGAUCCACUCACGAUGUCAACACACUUGAGUCCAUUCAAUUCAACGAAGUAAUCCGGGGAAUAAUGGCGCCGGCACCGGCGCCGGAAAACGCCAGCUCAUUCACCGCGCUGCUCGAGCUCCCGCCCACGCAGGUUGUCGAACUUCUUCACUCGCCGGCUUGCGACGGAGACGCCGCCGCUCGGAAGCCACCUUGUUCCGACGUCAACGUGAAUCAGAAACCCUAUCCGGUCAGCUCGUUCAAUGGCAAUUUGACAUUCCCUUCCAACGCCGCCUUGAUUGAACGCGCCGCCAAGUUCUCCGUGUUCGCCGGAGAAAACUCGCCGCCGCCGGGGGAGGCGAGCUUGGUUCCGGCAGGGUCCGGUGCGAAUUUGGAUAGGGUGAAGAACGAGCCCCAAGAGACCGAUUCGAACCCGUGCUCGACGCAAGGGUGCGUUUCGGAUCCCGUGGUUGAGAACAAGAAUCAGAGAGCCGCAAAGAGGAAGGAGCGAGAGAAGAAGGUCAAGGGAUCGUCGAAGAAGAGCAAGAGCGCCGCCGAUGAGACCUCCGGUGACGGCGAGAAGCUUCCCUAUGUCCAUGUACGAGUUCGUCGAGGUCAAGCCACAGACAGCCAUAGCUUGGCAGAAAGGGCUAGAAGAGAGAAGAUCAAUGCUCGCAUGAAGCUUUUACAAGAGCUAGUUCCUGGAUGUGACAAGAUAUCAGGAACAGCAUUGGUUCUUGAUGAAAUCAUCAACCAUGUCCAAUCUCUACAACGUCAAGUGGAGAUCUUAUCAAUGAAACUGGCCACAGUUAACCCCAGAGUUGAUUUUAGCCUGGACAGCUUAUUGGCUACUGAUGGGGCAUCUCUAAUGGACAGUAACUUACCUAGCAUAGUUACACCUAUCAUGUGGCCAGAAAUCCCACUCAAUGGUAACAGACAGAAUUAUCAACAACAGUGGCAAGUCGAUGCAUUCCACCAACCACUUUGGGGGAGGGAAGAAGUCAACCAUAAUUUCAUGACUCCAGAAAACUCCCUUUUGAGUUAUGACUCGUCGGCAAAUUCAGCAUCUCUGCACUCUAAUCAAUUGAAGAUGGAGCUCUAAAAGCGUACAGAAAUUGUCGUACCACUAGCUAUUAGCACAAUAGUGUAUAUAUCAAGUAUAGUAUUCGCAGUUAGCAGGGAUUUUAGCGGUCUCAACAUUCAAUAGGGUUUCCAUGUCUUCUAUUUGUCAGAGUCAGUUGGAAACCUGGAUUUUCUUCAGCCAGAAAGGAAGCAGAAUUGGUAUGCUAUUCUUAUAUAAUAUCAUUAUCACUAUGUAUACUAACUACAGGGGUCAUUCAAUCUAUGGGGUGAUUGAUUGAUUGAUUCAGGAUUGUAAAAUCAUAGAACGGACUGUUGUUACUGAACUAUCAUGGGAGUGAAUUGCUUUGUUCAUUCAAUGCUACUUAGAUGAUUGGCUUCUUAU